GGCCUCUUCCCACAAGCGCCGCAGACCCGCGCAGCUUUGUCACGGGUUGAGACGGGGGGCGAGUUCCCGGAAUCGUGGCCAUGUCAGGGCUGGGGCAGGACCCGGAAAGCAGAGCGGCAGUCACUGUGCUAAAGCGGGCGGUGGAACUAGAUUCGGAGUCCCAGUACCAGCAGGCUCUGGUGUGCUACCAAGAGGGGAUUGAUAUGCUCCUGCAGGUUCUGAAAGGCACCAAAGAUUAUACUAAGAAAUGUACUCUCAGAGAAAGAAUUUCUGGCUACAUGGAUAGAGCAGAAAACAUAAAGAAAUACUUGGAUCAAGAAAAAGAAGAUGGAAAAUAUCACAAACAAAUUAAAAUAGAAGAGAAUGCAACAGGUUUCAGUUAUGAUUCACUUUUUCAUGAAUACCUUAAUGAGACAGUUACGGAAGUAUGGAUAGAAGAUCCUUAUAUUAGACAUACUCAUCAGCUGUAUAACUUUCUUCGAUUUUGUGAGAUGCUUAUUAAGAGACCAUGUAAAGUAAAAACUAUUCACCUUCUCACCUCUCUGGAUAAAGGAAGUGAGAAAGAGCAGCAAAGGAGGGGUCUGCAAGAAAUAAAAGAGUCACUCAGGAAUCAUGGAGUGCUGUUGGAAGUAGAAUACUCUUCUUCAAUACAUGACCGAGAAAUUAGGUUCAACAAUGGAUGGAUGAUUAAGAUUGGAAGGGGACUUGAUUAUUUUAAGAAACCACAGGGUCAGUUUUCCCUUGGAUAUUGUGAUUUUGAUUUAAGACCAUGUCAUGAAACAACAGUGGACAUUUUUCAUAACAAGCACACAAAAAAAAUAUGAUGGAUAGUAGCCUAAUGUAUGUUGUACAUUUCCACUUUAAGUGAAUAUUGGACUUUUUUUUUUACUU